AUGAGACGCUCGUUUAGCAUACUCCAGACGCUUGGAUCCAAGUCACGGGGCCACGGGGCGGAGCUGAGCAAGGAGCUGCGGACGACGCUGCGGUACCUGGGGCGGGAGCCGUCGCUGCUGUCGUCGCUGCUGUCUCGGGAGCGCGUAGAGGAAGAGCACGUGGUGGAGCUGCUGAACCGGGGGCUGCCGGACGCCAAGAGCGGCCAGGAGCGGGUGGGGGAGCACUACGCGCAGCUGCUGGGCCGGCUGGGGCGGGCGGUGGAGCAGCACGAGGCGCGCGGGACGCUAGCGGAGCAGGUUCGGACGUGCGGGACAGACGGGGCCGCGCUGGUGGCGCUGCUGGAGCACGCCGUGGCGGACGGGGCGGGGCCGCGGGAGAUGGCGCAGGUGGUUCUGAGUGCGCACUUUGGGGCGGCGCAGGCACGCGCGGCGGUGGGCGCGGUGGGGCGGUGCGCGACGCACGGCGCGGACCUGGCACUGCUGCUGUGCUACCGGGCGCGGGAACGCGUGUGGUACGAGCAGUGGCGCGGCCGCUGGCUGGCGGGCUACGGCGAGUUGCACAGCCUGUCGCAGAAGAUGCUGUGGCGGACGAUGGUGGCCCUUGAGGACAUGGCGGCGGUGAACGCGGGCCUUGAGAGCUUGGGCGCGCUGUGCGACGCGCGCCAGGUGGUCAUGGUGCACCAAGUGUUGCAUGCGCACGCACAUCUGCUGACGCCCGCCCUGCUGGAGGUCUCGCUGGCGCGCAACCAGCUGCUGUUUUGCAAGGCCAUGCGCCUGUUAGCCGGCCAUGCGAGCGCGCGCUCGACCCGCUGGGCGGCCGCACUCGUUCGCGCCAGCAUCUCCCACAAGCUUGCGGUCGACAUGACCGCGCCUGGAGCGGUGUCCGUGCAGCAGUACGCGUUCGCUAGCGCCAUGCACGACGUGCUGGCUGCUGUCGCUGACGGUUCGCCCGACAGUCACCUGCGGGACGGCGCCGGCGCCCUGUUGCGCGAGUUGCACCGCGCGGACGGUGAGAAACCGCAGCCCGUGCUAAACUUCCUCAGCUAG